AUGCCUUCAUUCAUGGAUCUCCCAAUGGAGAUCCGAGCCAUGAUCUUGGAGAAAGUAAUCAAUGGCCAUCGCACCCCACCCAUAUCUCCAUCCACUUCGAAUAUGACGGACGUUGAAGACAUGAAAUACCGCGCCACUAUAAUAAGUCUCCGCCCAUAUCACGAACAACGUGAUACACAUAGCCCAUCAAACAGCCUCCCUCUCCUCUUGACAAGUCGUCAAGUGUCGAUGGAAACGCAAUCGAUCCUCAAUCGAAUGAAAAUCACCUACGUGCUUGAUAUCUCAGUUCUGGAUGAUCAGUUUCUGUUUUCGACUUGGAUCUCCGUCCCACGACUGACGAUUCGCCUAUCUACGCUACACGUAAAUGUACGACUUUUCGGACGCAUCCUCACAGCCGAAGAGGGAGAUAGGCAAAUGGGCUGUGGUGGUCGCCAAGGGUUCCAUUGGUGUUUUUACGCCUUGCUAGAACGAUUCUUAGCAUAUGGACCAGUGAGCCCGCGGAAACCCCACAUCGACAAUUACCGCAUCUCCUCCUACGAAUGCCGUGACAUAUCUGUUGAGAACCUCGUCCUCAAUUUUCAGUCGGCUGAGACGGAGCUACCAUACCCUCCUGACGACAUCAUGGAUUACAAUGGAUGGUGCGGUAAACACAGUGGCUCGUUUAGGAAGAAUCCGGGGAUUGACGAGGCGUUGUCAUACAAAACACGUCCAGAGUGGCUUUUGUGGUAUUUAAGAAGCUGGUUGAAGCAAAUCACUACAGCCUACCGUGGUGCAAGUUAUGGAAAACAGAUCCAUGAGAGAAUUGGUACCAUCACCAUGUUAGUGGAUGGAAGGCUGGAUACUACCAUUGAUCUUGCGGAUACAUUGGCCAAAUUGUACCUUACAGGCGCCCCAUCGGAAAGUGAGUUGGAGUGGAAGAAAAAGACAAUCCUAAGAAGGGAGGCUCGGGGGUUCCCUGUUGUACGGCCAAGCGACCCAGAGAGGGAGUGA